CAAGUUUAGACCCUCAGACGUGUUUUAUCUGGAAAGCAGAUUGGUGAGUUCAGGCAGCAGGAAUGAGAACAUUCUGCUCUCUGGACAAACAUCACGUCUCCAACAUCACGUCUCCUCCAGCAUCACGUCUCCAACAUCACGUCUCCAACAUCACGUCUCCUCCAACAUCACGUCUCCAACAUCACGUCUCCUCCAGCAUCACGUCUCCAACAUCACGUCUCCAACAUCACGUCUCCAACAUCACGUCUCCUCCAGCAUCACGUCUCCAACAUCACGUCUCCAACAUCACGUCUCCUCCAGCAUCACGUCUCCAACAUCACGUCUCCAACAUCACGUCUCCUCCAACAUCACGUCUCCAACAUCACGUCUCCAACAUCACGUCUCCUCCAGCAUCACGUCUCCAAUAUCACGUCUCCUCCAACAUCACGUCUCCAACAUCACGUCUCCUCCAGCAUCACGUCUCCAACAUCACAUCUCCUCCAACAUCACGUCUCCUCCAACAUCACGUCUCCAACAUCACGUCUCCUCCAGCAUCACGUCUCCAACAUCACGUCUCCAACAUCACGUCUCCUCCAGCAUCACGUCUCCAACAUCACGUCUCCUCCAACAUCACGUCUCCAACAUCACGUCUCCUCCAACAUCACGUCUCCAACAUCACGUCUCCUCCAACAUCACGUCUCCAACAUCACGUCUCCUCCAACAUCACGUCUCCUCCAACAUCACGUCUCCAACAUCACGUCUCCUCCAACAUCACGUCUCCAACAUCACGUCUCCUCCAGCAUCACGUCUCCAACAUCACGUCUCCUCCAACAUCACGUCUCCAACAUCACGUCUCCUCUAACAUCACGUCUCCAACAUCACGUCUCCUCCAACAUCACGUCUCCAACAUCACGUCUCCUCCAACAUCACGUCUCUGGACCCGAUGGCUGCUUCAUUACUGGAUCUGAUAUCAUCUCAUCUGAAUCAAUCACAUCU